AUGGACAACGAUACCAGUUUAACCGACUUCUAUGAUUACUCUGUACAUAGACACUGUGUUACCUUCGGUUUUGACGAAAAGGGGGCUCAUGCAGGUAUCUUUUUUACCAGUAAAUCGAGUGGCGAUAGCCCAGACAAUGGCCCGCGAAGAAGAUGUUGUAUACUCUACAAUGUUGCAACUAAAGAAAUUUUGGAACGAGACUAUGAUACAGCUAACGAAAUGAUAUUAAAGAACAAGGAUCCAAAUGUGUUUUAUGUGGAUAACAUUUUCAUGAGGCUAUACGGAAUCUAUCAAAAGAAGGAGAAGGACAAUCAUGAUGAGAUUAUAUUGCAUGCGGUGGGUGUGUUUAUGCGAAAGUUGGUAGAUGAGUAUCAGUCGAAUUUGAGCUGUGAACGAGAAUCCUAUAUGCCCUUUCAUUUUGGAUUUCUUGUCCCAACCCAUUGGGAUCAUGCGAUAAGAACAGAAAUAAUCCGUCCCCUCUUUGUUCAAACAAAAUUGAUUAACAAAGACGAUGAUGAUCGCAGAUUGUUAUUUCUAACAAGGCUUGAAUCGGCGAUGACGGAUAUCCAACACUCAGAAAAAAAAAUGGUUGAAAGGAAAAAUAUCGAAAUGGUUCAUGGCAAAAAGUACAUUCUGUACGAUUUAAAGUUUGAUGAAGAAGAUUUGAAUGUCGGUUUGGAUUUAUUUUCAACUCAUCAGCCUCCACCAUCAUCAGUUUACCCCUACUUUGAAACGAAAAUACUGCAAACUUUAAUAGUUAAAAUACCUCUUAACUCUGACAUGGAACAUGGCAUUGAAGAAUGUCUCAAGAAACGAAACUUUGGAUUUAAAACUACUCGGUCAAUUGAAAUUCUAAAUGCUUUAGUAAACCAUUACAAACAUCACAAGUUUAUUUUUUCGGAAAAAGAUAAAGAUGAAUAUGUUUAUCAAGAAAAACAGCUAUACAAAUACCAGCCUUUCAAAGCACUUUUCGAUAAAGACAACAAACCUGAGGCAACCUUACUAAUCAAAAAAUGCGAUCUCACCCAAGAGGAAAUUGAAAGUAUCCAAUCAAUAACGACCAAAGAAAUCCACAAAGAUUUGUUUACGUCAGCUGAGAAAGCGAUUGUAUCUAGUGUCGAGCGUUUAAAAAGGUACGAGGAUUCAAGAUUACGCACAGGUAUUUUUUCUGUGCUCGACAUGCCAUUAUUCUCAUCAUAUAACUUGCGAUUCAAUGAUGAGUUCCAUGUGUACGCUUCAUGGUUAUUAUUCACCUGGUUAAAGGAUUUUUUUAAGGAACACGGUGUGAGCGAACUCAAGUCCCAAUUUGUGGAAAACCGCGAUUCAAACCUUAGGUAUCAAAUUAAGCUCGAGGAUAUGAUGAAAGGAUUCCAAACUCAGAUACAAUGGAAAGUAAGGGUUUCUCAUAUGAAUACACCGCCCGCAAUUAAAGAGAGACCAGCCAUAAAAAAUUGGGAGGAAGCUGCACAGUUAUCUUUAUUUCCAAAGUCGACGAUAUUAAGAUACGCUAUUGAAAUAGGUAAAGCUUGGAAAACAAAUUUCAUUGUAUCCGAUUUAGCAAACACUGAUGCAUACCACAUCAAUAGCAAUUUCACCCCAAGCCACACAAUUUUUAUGCUCAACGCUGGAUGA